UCUCAGGGUAGUUGAAGUGCAACACCGCAUGAUUCGAGACUCAUGACUCGAGUGUCGAGUGGACGGAUGUCACGGACAGUGUAGCCACGAAAACAGGCGAGGGUAGAGGUGUGUCAUCCCGCGCCUGAAAUCCGCUAAGACAAACUCCAGUUCCUCUCAUCCAAACACAACGAGUUGUGCUUUCGUAGUGGAAAGUGAAGAAGAAUGACGUUGAGGAUAUGCAUAGUGUUGGUGGUGGUGGCGGCCAUCACCCAACAGAAUUUCAUGACUGAAGCUGGAGUUCCAGACUCUGAAUGUCACUGCCUAAGUACAGAAAAGGAGUUCUUGGACCCAGAAGGAAACAGUGACACAGUCUUCUUAAAGCGUGGAAAACUCGGUGAAGAAGUGAAGAUAGAAUGUUCACUUGAAGACAGCGGCACCUCUACCUGGUUCUGUACCUGGGACUGUACCUGGAUAAUGACCAGUGGCUGUAAUGGGAAGACUGUGUUUGUAACUACAACCACCUAUAGCCAUACAACUGAAACUGAACCUCUUACAACUGAUAAUCUGUUACUGGCGUGCAUUAAGGAAUCCAAGUGUACCCCUGAUUUAAUUUUACUUAUGGUAUGCAUAAGUUGCGUUGGGUCAAAACAACCCGCCAUCGGGGACAACAACUGCAGACAACUUUGCUAUGAACUAGAAGAACAAUGUCCUGUAUCUUGGAAUGAUUGCAAAGACAAAUAUUACCCUACAGAUAAACUUUUCGAAGCCAUCAUGAGUGAGAACAUCUCCGCUGUCAGAGAUGUCCUGGAGGAGGGAGUUAACAUCAACAACAUCGUCAAGGAUAUGACUCCUCUGGUGCUGGCAGUAAAGCUCAACUGGAUUGCCUUAGUGAACCUCCUCCUCACACACUGCCCCGACCGCUCGCUCAGUGUCACCACAGGAAUGAAUGCCACAACACUUGCUCAGCGUGAAGGACACACAAACUUGACAGAUAUCCUUGAAGAUCAAUCUUGGUGUCAGUAUUGCCCACCAGAGGAGAGAGUGAGGUGUGUGGAACAGGUGCCUUUGAAGCUGAAAGACAAGAGUAAUCUGGUUAAUAUCACUGGGGAGUUGGAUACUUUAGAGAGCGAGUUUGAGAAAGCGUUUGAAGCUGCUGGGAGAGUUGAGGAGAAACAAACAAUAGCAGAGACAUACAUGAAGACUGUCUUAGAGGUAUUGGACAAGUCAGAGCCAGAGACAUGGAUUGAGAUUGACGAGGAGACAUGUGCCAACACCUCCACUAUCCUACAGAAGAGUGUUACUAGAGCUGCCCUAGCUAUUGCCUCCACUCUACAGAAUGCCACUAUCACCAUUCCUUCAUCAUCUACAUAUACAAUAAUAUCACGGCAGAAUCCUAGUUACUUCACACCCAAGAAUCGCACAUACCAUCAUCAGAACUCACCAAAUACGGCUAUUGAACUGCCAGAGAACUUCUAUGAAAACUACUUAGACGAAGAUGGCCUUCUUACUGUCAUUUUCUAUUCCUACAAUGACCUCCACUGUGCUACUAACUCCAUUCCCUGUAACCCCAAUGUAACUGUGCCCUCCCAUGUGUCGAAGGCGAAUCAGGUCAACAGCAUGAUAAUUGGUGCCACAGUGACAGAGAGUGGUGCUUGGACGGCAGUCGACGGAGAGGGUGUAAGAAUCCACUUUGAUCAUAUCUACAAGAACGACGACUCAUACAACCUUGGAAAAGCAAGUUGUGUGUGGUGGAAUGAAGACACUAAUAGCUGGUCCAAUGAGAGAUGUUCACUCAUAUCCCAAACAGAGAACUACACCAUAUGCACCUGUGACCACCUGACUAAUCUAGCUGUUAUUAUGGAUAUUCAUGGUGUGUUGGACGAAAAUCUUCAGGAAAUCCUUAGGUGGUGGACCAUCAUAGGCUGCAGUUUAUCCAUGUUGUGUCUGACAAUGUGUAUUACGUGUUUGUCUCUGGCAGUGAAGUCAUUUAAGAACCAAAGUGGAAGUUGUAUGAUCUCGAUCCACCGUCACCUGUGCGUGUGUCUACUGGUGGCCGAGUUGGUACUCCUGUCGGGGCUGGACGCUACUCAUGACACCAUCGGUUGCGCAGUAGUGGCCGCCCUCCUCCACUACUUCUUCCUUGCCACCUUCACCUGGUCUGCCAUCGAAGGUGUCAACUUGUACCUCAUGCUUGGCGCAAUUUUCCGAACAUUCGAACCGGCGAAGUACUUCUGGUGUGUUGGCUACGGCUUCCCCCUCCUGUUUGUGGGCAUCACGCUCAUAGCAACACAGACACAUGGCUAUGGUACUGAGAGAGCGUGUUGGCUGGAACCUAAAGGGUUGAUCUGGACCUUCGCAGGACCUGUGGCUAUCAUAAUGCUAUUGAACCUGACAUUCUUCGUGUUCGCUAUGAGGGUGGCAUGUGGGAAGCGUCAGAUCGGGAAUUCAUUUGUCAAGAACAAUCGUGUGAAACUCAGAGGCUCCUUCGCCCUUAUUCUGAUCCUCGGCCUUACCUGGAUCACCGGGUUCUUCUACGUAACCAAAGGUUCACAAGCUCUCGCCAUCAUCUUCACCAUCCUCAACUCACUGCAGGGCGUGGGCAUCUUCGUCACUAUGGUGUGUUUAAAUGAGAAGGUACUUAAGACUGUAACAUCUAUCCCCGUCGUCAGGAGAGUCUUACGAAGGAUCAGAAGAGAAAGUCUCCCGGAUAACCAACCUAACCAACUGAACAUUGCUCACACUGAAGAAGUCUCCUAAAUAGACAGCUAAUACCUCUGUAGUCAAGAUUAUACUGGCUAAUGCUUCCCCCAACCACCUCACCUAACUGACACCAAAGUUACCAUGGCUAAGCCUUUGUAUAUAUUGAACCCGUGUAACCUAUGAUUCACAGGUGUAAUGUACAGUCAACUACCUAGCUCUGUUAGCCCCUUCACCUGAACCAUGAACCCUAAGAUUCAGACUUGGGAACCCGAAGCAGUAGUCUCAUAUAUUAUUCUGUCCAUAAAUGUUUCGGGUUCAGGUGUCUGAAUCUCGGGGUUCAUGGUUCAGCGGGAGUGGCGAAUGGACUUCAUUUGUCUGAUGUACUGUAUCAAGUAGGUUUUUUUGGUGUGUGUGUGUGUGUGUGUGUGUGUGUGUGUGUGCAUUACAAGUGAAGGAAUGGUAUAGCAGUGUAAUAACCUUUUAAAGAUUAUGGGUUAACCUUUUUUGAUGGUGUUUUUAACCCUUUCAAGAACUACAUUUAAAGCUUUCUUCCUUAAGGUGUUAAACCAUCGUCAUCAACGUGUUAAACCAUUAUCAUCAGAGGAUUAAACCAUUAGCAUCAGAGGAUUAAACCAUUAUCAUCAGAGGAUUAAGGAUGAGAGAAAGGAUAGGGGUUAAACAAUAAACAUUACACAGGUAUGGUAAAAACUCAUUGUUGACCAGGAUUGUGUAUGAAACAGUACAAUUUCAGUGAAUAAGUUCCAUGUACAUUACCUCAGAGUAUUGAAUAAUAUGAAUAUAUGAAUGUGUAUAGUUCUAUGAUCGACUGAUUGUUAUGCACGGUGUAUGAAAUUAAUCUGUAUAAGGUUCUGAUUUGAUAGUAUAUGAGAAGCAGUAAUGAAGAACAGUUACCUAAUUAGUCUUUGUCAUAUGUGUUGGAUAGUAGUUUGGUGUAGUGAAGGCCUUGAUGUUACUGUUAGGUGUUCUGGGUAAUAAGUUCUAUAUACAGGAGAGAACACAAACACCUGUAUAGUUUUGUAGGUUCGGUUUACUGGAUAAGAGUAUGUACACAGA